UCCAAGUCAAACUGUUUCUGAUCCAGGAGAGAUGGCGCAGAAAGCACUCGACCAAGAAGCCUUUUCCUGCUCCGUGUGUUUGGAUCUACUGAAGGAUCCUGUGACUAUUCCCUGUGGACACAGCUACUGCAGGAACUGUGUCCAACAGCACUGGGACCAAGAGGACGAGAAGCAGCUCUACAGCUGUCCUGAAUGUCGCCUCAGCUUCAGCCCCAGGCCUGCCCUGGUGAAAAACAUCAUGUUAGCAGGUUUAGUAGAGCAGAUGAAGAAGACAGCGCCCCCUGCUGCCCUCUGCUAUGCCGGACCUGAGGAUGUGUCCUGUGAUGUGUGCACUGGGAGGAAGCUGAGAGCUGUCCAGUCCUGUCUGCAGUGUGUGGCCUCUUAUUGUGAGCGCCACCUACAGCCUCAUUAUGAAGCUGCAGCGUUAAAGAAACACCAGCUGGUGGCGCCGUCUCACAGGCUCCAGGAAAACAUCUGUGAACAACAUGACAGAGCGAUGGAGAUGUUCUGCCGCAGUGACCAGCAGCUGCUCUGCUCCCUGUGUGUGGACCAACAUAAGGGUCAUGACAUAGUGUCCUCUGCCUCAGAGAGGGCUCAGAGGCAGGCAGAGCUGCCGGCCAGGAGGGCCCUGCUGCUCCAGAGCCUCCAGCACAAAGAGACAGACCUGAAGAGGCUCCAACAGGAGGCCCAGGACAUCAGGCGCUCUGCCCAGACAGCAGUGCAGCGCAGCAACGACAGCUUCAGAGACAUGGCCCUUCUCCUGGAGAAAAGACGCUCUGAAGUGGAGCAGCAGAUCUGCUCCCAGGAGGACACCCAACUGAGCCCAGUCCAAGAGCUCCAGGACCAACUGCAGCAGGAUGUGAGGGGGCUGAAGAGGAGCCUCUCUGAGCUGGACACACUGGACCUCACCCAGGAUCAUAACCAGUUUAUACAGCGCUACGCUUCACUGUCCCCACACACACAGAGCACAGAGCCAGCCACCAUUCACACAGGGGACCGGGGAUACUUUGAGGAAGUGACCAGAGCUGUGUCCAAGCUCAGGGACACACUCCAGCUCACUCUGAGUCCAGUCCAGGUUUCUCUGGCACCAGAUGAACUCAGCUCCAGAGAGUACUUCUUAUAUUAUUCUACAGAAAUCACUCUGGACCCAAACACAGUUUACAAAUAUCUGUCUCUGUCUGAUGGAAACAGAAGAGUAAAAUUUAUGAGUAAAGACCAGAGUUAUCCAGAUCAUCCAGACAGAUUCAGUGUUAGGCAGGUCCUGAGCAGAGAGAGUCUGACGGGCCGCUGUUACUGGGAGGUGGAGUGGAGCGGGGUGUGGGGUGUUUAUAUAGCAGUUUCAUACAGAGAGAUUCAGAGGAAAGGAAAGUCUGAUGAAUGUAGAUUUGGACUCAAUGAUAAAUCCUGGGCCUUAGACUGUUACAAAACCAGUUGUUCAUUUUGGUUUAACAAAGUCCAGUCCCAGGUCUCAGGUCUGGUCGGGUCCAGAAUCGGGGUUUACCUGGACCACAGUGCAGGGGUUUUGGCGUUUUACAGCGUCUCUGAAAGUACCAUGAGCCUCCUCCACAGAGUCCAGACCAGGUUCACUCGGCCUCUCUACACUGGGGUCUGGAUUGGUUCUGGAGCCACUGCACAUUUCCCUAAACUGAAAUAGCAGCUUUGUUCUCCACAGUUUGGGAUUAAAUUUGUGUCUUUUAUAUUUCACUAAUUUGAGAAAAACCUGGAAGAUCGAUACUUAAAAAUAAAUAAAUGACAAUUAUUUUUGAGUUGAAAUGUGAGUUAUUUUGUCAAACUUUUCUAAACUUGAUCAAAUAUGACAUGGGGAGAGUUCAAAUCAUGACAAAAUCCUGAUCUAAUAAAACAGGCCAUUUUCCACAAUAUUGAGUUGAUUAGUGUCAUUCUAGUGUUUUUAUCAUGACAUAACUGUACUGUUUGUGUAGUGUGUGUUUUUGUAUGUCUCAGGGACUGCAGAUGGAACACAGCAUCUCUUCACUGUUUCCUUUGAAUUCUGCAGACUAAUAGUGUUCAUACUGUUACUGCAAAACUAAACUCAGACUCUACAUAUUUGACAUCUACAUUUACAUCUGUUUUGAACUUUGAACUUGAUUUACACUUUCAAUUCCAAUGUUGUUCCUCAUGUAAUGUAAGUGUAUGUAAGUCUCUGCUGUAAAUGUCAAAGUCAUUCUGUUAUAUCAUGGGACUUUUCAAUCACAAACACAUUCACAAAUCAAUCUGUACAAGAAAAUCAAUAAAAUCAAUCAAAUAAGAAAACCUUUGUUUGUCCUCAGUGGGGAAAUUGCAGUGUUGUAACAGCAAAGGACAGACAAAAAGUCCAAACUGUUCCAGAUAAAUAAGGAUUUAAAUAGGCCAGUUAGAUACACAAGUGGAACU